AUGGCCGCACCUGCAUCUGACGUCGAUGUGGUGUACAUUGCAGCCGGCGCAAACAGGCACAGCGCCGUCGCCGAUUGGGGCUGGGAUGGCACUGUUGCGUAUGGCGCCGAUGCAAAUAUAGCACUUUGGAGACCAAGGGAUGGGAGACCUGCAGGCGUUACAAGGCUUUUGAGUGGCCACAAGGGUGUCGUCAAGGCCGUCAAGUUCCUGCCGUCGCUGUCGCGGGGAGGUGACAAUGACAAGCUUUCAUCCUCCUACCUGAUCAGUGGCUCGGAUGACCAGUGCUUGAUGCUGUGGGAGCUCAAGGCAGACGGCAGCGCAUUAGUCAGGCGGACGGUCCACGAGCACACGGCUCCGGUCCAUUGUAUAGCAGUCCUCGCCAGCAGCGAGGAGAAAUCCGAGGAGGGCCGAGCCGCUACAAUCCUGGCGUCUGGAGGAGCGGAUGCAACCAUAAGGAUAUGGCGCUGUUCAGGGCCCGACGGCGAGCUCACUCUGUUGCAGACCAUUGCAACGACGCCCAAGCACUUCCCCCUAGCACUAUCCCUCAGCUGCUUGAGCAAGCAAGGCAAUGCAUACAUUCUAGCUUCGGCUGGGACGAGGGACACCAUCCAGGUAUUCUCUGGCUCAGUGGCUGGAGAUGGUUCCGCCGCUGACUUUCAGCUCGCCGCUACUCUGUCCGGGCACGAGGGAUGGAUCAGAUCUCUUGACUUUGCGUGGGAGAAUGACGGUUCGCCCGGGCAAGGCGACCUCCUGCUUGCCUCUGCGAGUCAGGACAAGUACAUCCGUCUCUGGAGGGUUCACAAGGGCAAGGAGCUCCCGGCCAAGGCAGCAGCGCUCUCGGAAAAUGGAACUGCAGUAGCGGGCUCCUUCCUUCCUGGCAAGUCGCCAUCAAACAAGGCCCACCGGCUGACGGCCGGCGGUGAAGAUUACUCCGUCACUUUUGAAGCACUCCUCCUCGGCCAUGAUGACUGGAUAUACAGCGCCAAAUGGGGCCGUGGAUCAAACAAAACGUUGCAGCUUCUCUCAACUUCGGCUGACAACUCCCUGGCCAUAUGGGAAGCUGACCCUGACUCUGGAAUCUGGAUCACAAGCGCCAGAUUGGGUGAGCUGAGCAAGGAAAAGGGUGCCACCACCGCUACGGGAAGCAUAGGUGGCUUCUGGACCGGGCUCUGGUCGCCAUCGGCAGAAACUGUGGUCUGCCUGGGCCGCACAGGCAGCUGGCGGCGUUGGGACUUUGAAGAUGAUGGGGCCGGCGGGGUGUGGAACCAGGCCCUGGCUGUCUCGGGACACACGAGGGCUGUGACGGGCAUAACAUGGUCCCGCGACGGCAGCUAUCUCCUAUCAACAUCCUUAGACCAGACUACCCGGUUACAUGCCGAGUGGAGGACGCGAAGUCCUGCCGGUGAUGCUUCCCGGCCGACGUGGCAUGAGAUGGCCCGCCCUCAGAUCCAUGGCUAUGACCUCAACUGCAUCGAUACUAUCAACUCUUCCCAGUUUGUCUCGGGUGCGGAUGAGAAGUUGAUGCGUGUCUUCAGUGCUCCCAAGACGGUCGCCCGAAUGCUCGAGCGGCUUUCCGGCAGAGACAUCAUCGGCUCGGGUCUAGGCAAAAUGCAAGUGCUACCAGACGCUGCCAACAUUCCCGUGCUGGGCCUGUCCAACAAAGCCGUCGAUGCCGUAGAUGACCAGACAGCCGAUCAGGCCGAGGCCGAGGCCGAAGCCGCAGAGGUCGAGGCUGCCAUGUCGGGAAACAAGCCCGCAGACAACGAAGAAGCACCUGUUUACCGCGCGUCCGCUCUGGACUUUGAUCGACCGCCGUACGAGGAUAGCCUCUCACGCCACACGCUGUGGCCCGAGAUUGAGAAGCUCUACGGCCACGGGUACGAACUCUCCUGCCUGGCUACCAGUCACGACGGUAAGGUGGUUGCCAGCGCAUGCAAGGCCAGCUCGAUAAACCAUGCCGUCAUCAGACUGUUCCACACCGGGCCCCGCUGGACCGAGAUAAAGCCACCCCUGACGGCGCACUCGCUGACAGCCACGCGUCUACGUUUCUCCCAUGACGACAAGUACCUGCUGAGCGUCGGCAGGGACAGGCAGUGGGCCGUGUUCGAAAGGAGCGAGGGCGAGGAGCCGAGCUACAGCUUGUUUCAGGCUGAACCCAAGGGCCAUACGAGAAUGAUACUCGAUACCGCAUGGGCUCCGUUGACGGCGAGCCAGGCUCCGGUCUUCGCUACGGCUGGGCGAGACAAGGCCGUCAAGUUGUGGUCUCUAGGCUGUGACGACAAGCCUGCCUUCAAGAUGGUUCUGACGCUGCCCCUAAAAGCCUCGGUUACUUCGGUGGACUUCUUGCAGCGACCCGCAAAGGGUCAAGAUGCCAGUCUUGUGCUUGCAGUCGGCACCGAAGGUGGCGAUAUUACCUUAUAUGUGAUCGAUUCCAGGACGUGGUCAUUGAUUUCAGAGCAAGUACUAGAGCCACAUCUUCGUUCCUCAAAAUCUAUACUUCAGCUGGCAUGGCGGCCGAUCGGAUCAGAUGAAGGCGCUCAUGAUGCCCAGCUCGCCAUCGCCUGCGAGGAUUCCUCGCUGCGGAUAAUAGAUAUAAGCAGUCUGUAG